AUGCCGCCGGCCAUACCAACAAUUACAAUCAGUUCCAGCCUAGGUGCCGCCGCUGUCGUGUUUACUGCCGGGGAGCCCACCAAGGUACUCGGGCUGGAGGUUUUCGUGGUACUUUGGGCCGCACAGUUUGUUACGUGGGGGUUUUGGAUUGCAGAGACUGCAAAUGAGGGAUUCAUUCGCAUCUAUGGCGCGUUUCAUCGCGAAUACCUCAUCGUGACAUCGCCACAAGCUCUUGGCGAAGUCCUCGUCUCGAAAGCUUACGAGUUUGAAAAGCCGCCUACUAUCCGCGGCUUCUUCGGGCCGGUCCUGGGCCACGGCCUGGUGCUUGCCGAGGGUCAUGACCACAAGGUGCAGCGCCGAAACCUGAUGCCGGCCUUUGCCUUUCGCCACAUUAAGGAUCUGUAUCCUCUGUUCUGGCGCAAGACUUGCGAUGUCGUGCAAGUCAUGACCAAAGAGUGCGAUGCCGACGGGUAUGCCGAGUUUGAAGUCGGCCACUGGGCCGGCCGUGUGUCGCUGGACAUUAUUGGCGUCGCUGGUCUUGGUCGUGACUUUAACGCCACACAUAAUGAAGACGAUGAGAUUGUCAAGACGUAUAUGCUCAUUACCACGCCGACUAUGCAGGAUCGCCUUCUCUUGGUAAUGGCCGACUUUCUCACAGCCUUUGUUCCCAUGUCAAUCCUCCUCCAAUCGCCCAUACCUCGCGCUAUCGAAGCUAAAGGCGCGGCCAAGAAGAUUCGCGACGUGUGCAAGGACGUCAUCCGGCUCAAGAGACAGAAGCUCGCCGAUAGCAAGCUCGAGGAUGUCGACAUCUUGUCUAUUGCGCUCCGCUCGGGCAUGUUUAGCGAGGAGGAGCUCAUCAACCACAUGAUGACGUUUUUAGGCGCCGGCCACGAAACCACCGCCUCAGCGCUGAGCUUUGCCAUCUACGCCAUGUGCCGGCACCCCGAGGUGCAGACGCGUCUGCGCCAAGAGGUGCGCGCAAACUUGCCGCCACCCGUCGGUGACGACGGCCGGGAGAUUACGAGCAUGGAGAUUGACCGCCUGCCGUACCUCGCGGCCGUGUGCAGCGAGGUGCUGCGCAUGUACAGCCCCGUGCCGCAGACAAUCCGCGAGACGGUGCGCGACACGACGAUCCAGGGCCAGCCGCUGCCCCGGGGCACGCGCCUACUGCUGGUGCCCUGGGCCACCAACCUGGACACGCGCUUCUGGGGACCUGACGGCGGCGAGUUCAAGCCGGAGCGGUGGCUUGUUGCGCGGGGCGGCGGCGACGACGAGGACGACGGCCUCGGCGGCACGGCGGCCAGCGUCAAGGCCGCGUCUGUGGGCGGCGCGUCGAGCAACUAUGUGUUCUUGUCCUUUCUCCACGGCCCGCGAAGCUGUAUCGGGCAAAGCUUUGCCAAGGCUGAGUUUGCAUGCCUGCUGGCCACGUGGGUGGGCCGGUUCGAGUUUGCGCUCCGCGACGAGGCCAUGAUGGAUGAGGCGAAUGUCAUGUUUGAGCAGAUGGUAACGGCCAAAGUGGCGGGCGGCAUACACGUCCGGGCGAGGGCUGUUCCGGGGUGGUGA